AUGCUAAUUCGAAAAACGCCAGUUUUCAAGUCGUAUCUUCAAUUCUGCGAAAUUCUCAAAGAUCAAUCGAUCGAUUAUCGAGAAUUCGAAUUUUUGUAUUAUCGAUUUAUUGUGGGCGGCAAUUCGAAUUUCGAUGAGGAUGUGAGCCAGGACCUCCAAAAAGUGCAAUUUUCCGAUCUUCCCGUACAAAUCGUCGACCGUGUACUAGACAAGUUGGGAAUCCGGACUCACCUGCGCCUUCGAAAAGUGUGCAAAUCGCUUCGUCAAAUGGUAGAUCAAAAGCCAUCAACCACAAAAUCGAUAAAUCUAAUGAUCGAGGAUUACGGUACCACCAUGGUCAUCGAAAGCUACAGUCACCUGGAGCCAGAGCAAUGGGUACAGUAUGCCAAUAAUACUGUAGAGGAAGGAGCAAAACGAGCACUUUUGGAUAUGAAAUAUUUGUUGAAUCGUCCGAAACUCAAGAUCGAAUCAUUGAAAAUUUCAGUGAAAUUCAGCUGUCAUACGGUAGAUGAGAAGAGAGGAGAGACGCAGAAAAGAUUGGGGUAUUAUAGAGCGAUUGGAGAAGUCCUCUCUACAGUACAAAAUUCUCCAACAAUCGACGUUAAACAAUUGGAAAUCUACACCAAACAUCAAGAUGAACUUCUGUGUAUUCUACCGUACCUAACCUCGGGAAUUCUUGAAGAAAUCGAUAUUCGAAGUGUAAAAAUCAAUAAAAUCCGAUUGGCGACUUCGAAAAUUCUCAAAUUGGACCAGUGGAAAAUGGCGAAAUCGCUGAAAUCCGAUCGAUUUAUUUGCAAUUUUUCGGCUGAAAAUUUGGCGAAUUUUGAUAGAUUGAAAAUUCAUGUGCCAGAAUUACCAUUGGAAAAAUUGAGAGAUUUGAGAGAUGUGCUCCAAGCCUCUCCAACCUUCCGAUACUGCCAACUGGACAGCUCCAAAAAAAUCGAUAUCGAAAAUAUCGAUCGAUUUUUGGGAAUCGAUAUUCCACAGGAUCCACCGACACCCGAUUAUCGAUACUAUCCUCUAGAGCAUUUAGAUGAACGUGUCUUUGAAAUUGGUCUCAUGGAAAAAUCGAUACGAAUCAAGACGACUAGGAAGACCAGUCUGCUGAGAUAG